AUGAAUAGUUUUCCGAAAAAACUAUCGCAUCGGCUUUUAUGGCUAAGAACUCAGAGGUCAUGCGGAGGAGGUGGAGGUGGAGGUGGUUGCGGAUGCGGAGGUGGAGGUGGAGGUGGUUGCGGUGGCGGUGGAAUGAUGGGCGGAAUGGGUUUUAGACCGAUGAUGGGCGGUAUGGGUAUGGGUGGUGGAAUGUGCGGUGGCGGUGGCGGAAUGCGCUGUGGUGGUGGUGGUGGUAUGGGCGGCUGUGGUGGUGGUGGUAUGGGCUGCGGUAUGGGUAUGGGUGGCGGUAUGGGUAUGGGUGGCGGUAUGUGCGGUGGCGGAAGGCGCUGUGGUGGUGGUGGUGGUAUGGGCGGCUGUGGUGGUGGUGGUGGUAUGGGCUGCGGUGGUGGUAUGGGCGGUAUGGGUGGCAUGAGUUAUGUGGCCGUUCCGGUAAGCCUUGUGCCGGUCGGUGGUGGAGGCGGCGGAAUGGGCGGCGGUGGAAUGGGUGGUGGUGGUGGUUACCGACCGAUCGGUGGCGGUGGAAUGGGCGGUUAUCCGUUGGGCGGUGGUGGUGGCUCCGUGAUGCCGAUCGGAGGAGGCAGCAGCGGAAUUGGCAUGGGAGGUGGCGGCGGAGGCUAUCCAUCGGGUGGAGGCGGCGGAUAUGGACCGAUUGGCGGCGGUGGCGGAAUGGUAGGACCAGCAAUUGGAGGUGGCGGUGGAGGCGGAUACCCAACUGGU